CCGACGUUCCGCUGAGCCACGUGCAACCGGAAGUGGCCGGGCCCUUGCCAGAGGGACCAGGCAGAACGGAAGUCACUCUGUGAGAUAGUGGCGACCGCGGCGGCGAAAGGAUGAACAACAAGUUCGACGCCUUGAAAGAUGAUGACAGUGGGGACCACGAUCAGAAUGAAGAAAACAGCACACAGAAAGAUGGUGAGAAGGAAAAAACAGAGCGAGACAAGAGCCAGAGCAGUAGCAAGAGGAAGGCUGUUGUUCCUGGACCAGCAGAGCAUCCCCUGCAGUACAACUAUACAUUCUGGUACUCCAGGAGGACCCCAGGCCGUCCCACCAGCUCUCAGAGCUAUGAACAGAAUAUCAAGCAGAUUGGCACCUUUGCCUCUGUGGAGCAGUUCUGGAGGUUUUAUAGCCACAUGGUACGUCCCGGGGACCUGACAGGCCACAGUGACUUCCAUCUCUUCAAAGAAGGAAUUAAACCCAUGUGGGAGGAUGAUGCAAAUAAAAAUGGUGGCAAGUGGAUUAUCCGGCUGCGGAAGGGCUUGGCCUCUCGUUGCUGGGAGAAUCUCAUCCUGGCCAUGCUGGGAGAACAGUUCAUGGUUGGGGAGGAGAUCUGUGGGGCUGUGGUCUCUGUCCGCUUUCAGGAGGACAUUAUUUCCAUAUGGAAUAAGACUGCCAGUGACCAAGCAACCACAGCCCGAAUCCGGGAUACGCUUCGGCGCGUGCUUAACCUACCUCCCAACACCAUUAUGGAAUACAAAACUCACACCGACAGCAUCAAGGCCUGGGAGGAGUUUCAUGGCCUGGUGAACAGCAGCGGCCGCUGAUCGGACGCUCCCCCUCUGUCUCUCACACUCAGGGGACAAUUCAAGCUUUCGAAAUACAAAAAUCACAUUGUGAAAGUACACAAGCUGGCAAUAAUCCUUUUCUGUUUGUGUGUGUGUGUCCGAAAUGGAUGGAAGGCCUCUUCCAGUCCUUCCGUCUACCCGCUGAAGGGACGUCAGUGAGCCAUGUGCUCCCCUUUUGCACUCAUUCCUGGAGGACGGAUUCCGCUAGACACCCUCCAGCAUUGCUGACUUUAUAAAGCGGAGAAAUGGAAAACGUGACUUUGUAAUAGACAUUGUUUUUAGGGGCUUCUGGGAGGGGGGAGUGCAGCCUUUUAUUUUGCUGUGUGCUGUCCAGAGGCCUUCCAGGCCCUCUGUUGCGCUCCUCUCCUGCUGUGCGAAGGGCUCUGUAACCACGUGGACAGGCCGGAGCUGUGGAUGAGCGUUAUCAGUAUUAUGAAUGCCUGUGCAUCGAGGAACAGCUUCUGCAGAGUUCCAGAGUAACCGAAUGCCUCUACCAGCUCUGCCACCAAGUUAUUGGGACCAUUUGUUUCAUCCUCUCCCCCAGGCCACCGCUCUCUGAAAAUGUGUUAUUGAUGUGAUGACUGCCCAGGAAUUUGUGUCCUCUCUCCUGCCUUACACUCUCCAGUUUCCCUCCUAUGGGGACUCUCUCCUCCUUAGGCACUGCUGCACUUAGAAUUAUAACCUGGUGGGAACGCUGGUCCCACUGGCAUGGCUUAGAGAGUAUGUCUUGGUAAGCUUGAGCAGAACCCAGUUUGAGGGAACUAGAUGAUAAUGUAGAUCCCAAGCGCAGGAUUUGGCGCUGAAGGCAGUGAUGGAAACAUUUUCCCCUAUGAGCAGGGUGUGUGUGCCAAGCCUGCUUCUAUGGGUUCUUGUAUGCCCCUCACUGAGGAAGGGAAGUGACAGCUGGCUAUUGCCAGGUAUUAACACUUAGUGUGUAUAUUCUACCACCCUGGAGAAAAGGUGAAUGUUUUUUUUUUUUUGCAUGGCUGUGCCUGUCUGUGGUGGUUGGAGAACCCUCCUUUCAGUCCUUAUCACUGGGUAUGUAUGUAGCAGACGUGUGCUAACGCAUGAUGCCCACACACAGCUGGCGAAGGCCACUGCAGGUAUGCUUCUAAAACAACCAGUCCCUCAUCAGAGAAGGUAUGUGAUGUGACCCAGAAGGACCGAAGCCAGAGAGGUCAAAAGAGCACCUAGGAUUCAAGUAAGUAAUGAGCAGGAAUCCUCCCACAACCUCCGAGCAGCACUGUCUUACUUGGCUCUUGUGAGCAGAGAUCACAGUACCUUAAAUUAAGGCCUCUCCUUAAAAUGUAUCCUUGAAGCCUGAGGGAUCCUUGCCACUUGGUCUUAGGAAUUAUAUGAGAGUAACAGGUAUUCCCUUAUUGUAUUUAUCUUACUCUCGUCCCACUUUCCAACUCCUGACCCCUUCAAAUCACCACUGGGGAUGCUUCCUGAAAACAGAGGAGUACAAGGGCCAAGAGGGAGGUGCUUCCAUUACAAAUGAAGUUAGAUCCAAGAAGAAGAUCUCAUAGUGAUUGAAACUCCAGGAAUAUGAAGAAUGCAUUCUGCUGUACAGACAGUUGUGACGGGCUCAGGCAAAGCCAGGAGCAACAUUGGCUCUAGUGGGGAACAAAGGCUGCGUCUGGAGAUUUGAAUAGACCCCAGGAGGUCUUCACUUUUGCCUAAACUCAGAUUGCCAUGUAAAUUCCAAAGAAAGCAGACAUUUGGAUUUGCCUGCCUUUGGGCAUCUACUUGAUUGUUGUGUGCAUGUGGGUAUGUGAGGACGUGGACAGUGUGUUUUAUGAGUGGGAGUUUGUGAGGCCUAGUGCUUAGGUAUAUGGUCCGUAGAUUAGCUUUUUUUGUUGUUGGUUUUUUUUUUUUUAGAUUUUUUUAAAUCUCCUUUGUUUUCUAGAGCUGCUCAUAUUUCCCCUUCCUUUGGUCAUUGUAGUAUUUGACAGUUAUUUUUUUCCCAUCAAAAAUAUGCUGACCUUAUGUUGAUUAGAACAGGCUGUUAGACAGCAUCUUGCCCCAGCGUUCUCUCAGAUAUUCUGCCUAACAGCAUAAGUGAUGGCUUGAACAGUCAGUUUAUCCACACGACCCUUUUUUCCAAACUAGCUUGAGAGGUCUCUCCAUUUAUUUUGACUCCACAGGCCUCUGAUAUGCCAAGAUGUGACACGGUUAUGGUUUUUGGUCACGGCGUCACCUGUUCUAGAGGGAAUAAAGGUCUGCCAGGGCUAACAUGACCAGCUGGCUAGGUUGCCACUGGAGAAAAGGAGUCACAGUUUGGGGCAGCUCUGUCCAACCCCUUUUCUGGGGCUUCUCUUUGAAAUUGGCUCUUACUCCUCUCCAGUGCCCUUCUCUUUGUACCCUUCUGUUCAUGUGUGUGUGUUUUCCCUGUGACACUGGCAGUGGCAAUGAUUUUCCACCCAAAGAGAAGCUCCUGGCCCACAGAGCUCCAAGAGUGAACUUCCGAGUACUUGCCAGUGAGGAAGGAGCAGCGGCUGUGACAGGGGAUAUAGUGUUGCACUUUCAGAGCAGUUGUCUGCCGCUGUAAUAAAUGGAAAUACCAGCAAGAA